AUUACUAUGAUUAUAAAUUUUUGGUGUAUCCGAUACAAUUAAUUUUAAAUAUACCCGCAUUUAUUUCAUGGCACAGCUGGAACGGUUCAGCAAUAAAAACAAAGCAGCAGAAAACACUUUUUUAAGAGUAUUAUGUCGAUCCGACAAAAAUAUUGCGGAAUGAUAAAAACUGAAUAAUAAUAUGGUAAAGUAUAGCCUUCUGUCCAUGCCUAUACGUGUAACUCUUGUUUCAGGAUUCCUAAGAAGUACAAAGACAGUCCACAGUGUGAAAAUCAAUAGACUUGAUGUACCACAAAUAGCACAAUUAGGAGACUCAGUGGUGUUAGACUGUGACUACACAUUAGAAGAGUCCAGAGAUGAAGGUCUAGUAGUGAAAUGGUUUUUCAAUGAACAUCCCACACCGAUUUAUCAAUGGAUACCUAACAAGAGGCCUCAAGAGAUAGGCGAUGGAUACUGCGGUUGUCCGUUCGUGGCAGGCGGUCUCGGACUCUCCAUCGUGGAGGUACCACCUGGCGGAUCUCCUAACGCGGACCAGAAUGUCUGCAUGUCACAUGCACACGUCUUUCCUCGCCAUGUAGCGCGCCCUCAUGGUACCCACGGGGCUUCAGGCCUGCAUGGUGGCUAAAGUAUAAAAAAAUGUCUACCUGGCAUGUUGCAGUAUUUUUAUAUUUUUGAAAUUGAAAAUUGUAGAUUACUAAAUCGAUC